GAGGAAAGGAAAGGAAAAUAGAUUUCCCCUGCGUGUGUGUGGGGGGCGGGAGGGAAAAGAAUUUUUCACUUUUCUUUUCUUGUCUGCAAAGCCAAGAUUCGCAUCUCCCCAUCAUCAUCAUCAUCAUAAUCAUAUUUACCAUCCAUCCCCCACCAUUUAUGUAUAGUCCUCAUCAAUCAUGAUCAUCCUAACCAUCAUCAUCAUACCCCCAUCAUCAUCAUACCAUUAUAUAAUCCCAAAUAUAUUCUCCCGGUGGUUACCAACACAUACUCAUCGUAAUAGGGGAGGGAGUUAGAGAGAGAAAGAGUGGCAUCUCCAGGUUUCUUCUCCUUAGGUUAUGCCGUUUCCUCUACCGGCUGUGUUAGAUUCCAAUACAAAAAGAUUAACAUUAUCUAGGACAUGGAGCAAGUUUGCCCCUGGUCAGAUUGCUACCAGCACCGGGUUUUUUCAUUCCAGGAAGUUCUCGACUGGCGGUUUCUCAGCCUUGGAGAUUUUCUUCUUGUUUCCUUUGUCAAUUGCACUUAGUGAAAAGCUUUGCUUAAGUGAUCAGUACAGGAGGAUGAAUGCGUAUGUCUCAUAAAAUUGAUGUUGAAUCUUUAGUGCACUUCUAAAAUGCAUUGCCGGUGCAGCAUCUACUUUGAGAUCCUACGGAGAUCAAUUUGUGAGGACUGAAGUCGUCCAAGUAUUCAGAGGAAGUUUUCAUUUGGUAUUAGAUAUCUGUAUUUGGUCAGGAUAGUAGUUUAUUAGAACUUUUUGCGUUCUCCCGGAUGGCCCGUUGACAGUGGUGAGAUUUGGUUGACUAAAGAUUUACAUCGGACAAUAUUUUGUACUGGAGAUUAAUUUGUGGAAGCUUUGGUUGACCAUGUCUUGAUCCUAUACUUUACCUGUUGGGUAGAACCCGAUAUUAUCAGUUAGUUUUGACCAGUAUCAAGAUGUUCUACAGUACUGCAGUGCCACCACCCUGUCUUUGUUUUAAAGUUUUUGGUUUGGCUUAUCCUAUGAAUAAGGCUGUGGAGCGCCUCCAACUCAAUCCCAUUGGUUUUGCUCACUUUGAAGUGCAGUAGACGAAUUGAUGGUGGAUUUUGCUGAAUCAGCCAGGCCUUUUAAUAGUUAUCUUUUACAGUCAUUUAGAGAAUAUAGAAAAUUAAGUAUCUCUGUUUUCUACUCGUCCAGUUUCCAACAAAUAGUAUUCAAGAGCUGUUGAAAUCGCAAGAAUGGAAAGGUACAAGGUGAUUAAGGAAGUUGGUAAUGGCACUUUCGGAAGUGUCUGGCGAGCUCUAAGCAAGCAAUCUGGUGAAGUGGUUGCUAUCAAAAAGAUGAAGAAAAAAUAUUACUCGUGGGAAGAAUGUAUAAAUCUCAGAGAAGUGAAGUCCCUAAGGAAAAUGAACCAUCCAAACAUAGUAAAGCUCAAGGAAGUUAUUAGGGAAAAUGAUGUCUUGUACUUUGUGUUUGAGUACAUGGAAUGCAAUUUAUACCAGCUUAUGAAGGACAGGGCAAAACUUUUCUCAGAAGCUGAAAUAAGAAACUGGUGCUUCCAAGUAUUUCAAGGUCUAGCAUACAUUCAUCAACGUGGAUACUUCCACCGUGACCUCAAGCCAGAGAACUUGCUAGUAUCAAAGGAUAUCAUAAAAAUUGCCGACUUUGGACUCGCUCGGGAGAUCAAUUCUCAACCUCCAUUCACUGAAUAUGUCUCGACCCGCUGGUACCGGGCCCCUGAGGUUCUACUUCAGUCUCCCACAUAUGGUCCUCCUGUUGACAUGUGGGCAAUGGGUGCAAUAAUGGCUGAACUAUUCACACUUCGUCCUCUAUUUCCUGGUUCAAGUGAGGCUGAUGAGAUUUACAAGAUAUGCUGUGUAAUAGGCAGUCCGACCAAGAGUGAAUGGUCUGAGGGUCUCAAACUUGCUAGCACUAUCAAUUACCAUUUCCCACAAGUUGCUGGGGUCCAUCUUUCUGUGUUGGUUCCAGGUGUUAGUGAGGAUGCAAUUAAUCUUAUAGCAUCCCUUUGUUCAUGGAAUCCAUGCAAGAGGCCAACAGCCUUGGAGGUCCUUCAACACCCUUUCUUUCAGAGUUGCUUUUAUGUCCCACCAUCUCUGCGCCCUAAAGCUGCUAUUUCUAGAACACCUCCUUCUGCUGGAACAAGGGGGGUUUUGGAGCAAAAUUGUGGUAGGAGAUAUCCGGGCAGUUUAUCAAACUUGAAGCCCACAAACAGAUUUUCUUCUGCUAAACCACAAGCUUCUCUGAGUGCAGGUGUUCAAAGGAAGUUGGACAUGAAUAAUCAGCAGGAUUUGACUAAAAAUGAUAAGAACCUGAAGAACUAUGUUAAGCAACAGCCAAGGUAUCGACCACCUGGAAUGAAUGGCCCGCCAGGUAACAUGGGGAAAACACGUGGAGUAUCUGAUGCAGCUGAGAAGUUGUCAAACAUGACUGUGGGCUCUGUUCGGCCCCUUGCAAGGCCAUCUGUGCCUCCACCUAUGAAGGCUGGAGGAUGGCAUGGGCAAUCUGAUUUAUUUCUUGGACGAUCUCAAGAAGUUGUUCCUGGAAGAGCUUAUACCAGGAAGGUGGCGGGAUAAAGAAUACUGUUUAGUCAUGGUUACUAGCAUGUUGAGUGUUUCUGUUUGUGCUAUCAUAAUAGUGUGCGCGGUCUAGAGAUUUGUAACGCCAACAUAUGUAGUGCUAGAAUUUUAUGCCCAAACAUCGGUUUACUCCUAUGGUCGUUCUAUUAUGGUUUGUUUGAUUUUCUGUUUUGAUGAAAUAUUUUGUUAUUGUUUGCUUAAUAAAUGUGCUUGGUUGAUUUGAAA